UGUUAAUUUUUUUUAUUUGUCUCCUUUUUAAAUAUUACUAUAUUUCAUCACCCAAAAAAUUCCCAUUUCUUGCCUAUUUUUUCCCUCUCCCUCUUCUCUUCUUCUACUUAGAAUCCACUUUUCAUUUUUUUCUCUCUUGAAAAAUAGCGAGAAAUUCGCUCUGUGGACAGACUCAAAAACCUGGCCUGGUUGUAUCAGAUUGAAUUGUACAGAUCAUACUCGGUUUUUUGAUUACUUAUUUCCUUUUCCCCUUGUAAAUGCUCUUUUAUGAAGCCUCCCUGGCAAGCUCCGAUUAUACCGUUGUUAUAGAUUGCAAUAUAAUUUUUCCCUGCUGAAUGUGGAUUAUGGAUAUUACUGAGGUUGAAGAAAAUUUGUUUGCAGCAAGUGAUGCCAAGUUACAUGGAGAAAUGUGCAAGGCACUCUCUGCAACUUAUUGCAAAAUCUUGUCAAUUUUUCCUUCUCUGGAAGCAGCACGACCUAGAAGCAAAUCUGGCAUUCAAGCAUUAUGUUCAUUGCAUAUAGCACUUGAAAAAGCCAAGAAUAUCCUUCAGCAUUGCUCAGAAUGCAGCAAGCUUUAUUUGGCUAUAACUGGUGAUUCUGUGCUUUUAAAAUUUGAAAAGGCAAGAUCUGCUCUUGUAGAUAGUCUUAGGCGUGUUGAAGAUAUUGUCCCACAAUCAAUUGGAAGCCAGAUUUUGGAGAUUAUAAGUGAAUUGGAGGGCAUUCUGUUCUCACUGGAUCCAUUAGAGAAACAAGUUGGUGAUGAAAUAAUUUCAUUACUUCAGCAGGGGAGAAAAUUCGACAAUUGUAAUGACAGUAAUGAGCUAGAAUCUUUUCAUCAGGCAGCCACUAAACUUGGAAUUACCUCUUCCAGAGCAGCUCUUACUGAGAGAAGGGCUCUUAAGAAACUCAUAGAAAGAGCUCGCGUGGAGGAAGACAAGCGAAAGGAAUCAAUUGUUGCUUAUCUCUUACACCUGAUGAGAAAAUACUCCAAGUUAUUUAGAAGUGAGCUCACAGAUGACAAUGAUUCACAGGGUUCAGCACCUUGUUCACCCACUGUUCAGGGUUCUUUUGAUGAGGGUGUUGAUGGCCAUGCCUUUGAGAGACAGCUAACGAAGCUUAGUUCUUUUAAUUUCAAGCCCAAUAAUAGAAGAUCUGGUCAGAUACCUGUUCCACCAGAAGAGUUAAGGUGCCCAAUAUCAUUGCAGCUGAUGUAUGAUCCAGUCAUUAUUGCAUCUGGACAAACGUAUGAGAGGAUCUGUAUUGAGAAAUGGUUCAGUGAUGGACAUGAUACCUGCCCAAAGACUCAACAGAAGCUCUCUCAUCUUUGUUUGACUCCUAAUUAUUGUGUCAAGGGUCUAGUUACUAGUUGGUGUGAACAGAAUGGAGUUCCGGUCCCUGAUGGCCCACCAGAGUCUCUCGACCUCAACUAUUUUAGGUUGUCGUUGUGUCAGUCUGAGUCUGCGAAUUCAAGAUCAGUGGACAGCAUAAAUUCUGGAAAAUUGAAAGGGAUGAAAGUAGUUCCUUUAGAGGAGAAUGGUGCCAUUGAGGAGGCUGAGCAGCAGAAAAUGGAGAGUUUGACUCCACAACAGGAAGAAGCUUCGCUGGAGGAAGAUUUCGAGGAUGAUAUGUUUGAGAGGUAUCAGAAUCUUUUAACUACAUUGAAUGAAGAGGGAGAUUUGAGGAGAAAGUGCAAGGUGGUAGAGAAGAUAAGGCGUCUGCUGAAAGAUGAUGAGGAGGCCAGAAUUUGUAUGGGGGCCAAUGGGUUUAUUGAAGGACUGUUGCAGUUCCUAGAGUCAGCUGUUCAUGCAAGGAAUACAAUGGCUCAGGAAGUUGGAGCCAUGGCUCUAUUUAACCUUGCUGUCAACAAUAACAGAAACAAGGAAUUGCUGUUGGCAGCUGGUGUUAUCCCAUUGCUGGAGAUGAUGAUCUUCAACUCUGAUUCCCAUGGAUCAGCAACAGCCCUCUAUUUGAAUCUUUCCUGCCUUGAAGACGCAAAGGCCAUCAUUGGCUCAAGCCAAGCUGUUCCCUUUUUAGUCCAGAUCCUUCAAGGUGAAGAUGAACCCCAAUGCAAGAUGGAUGCCCUCCAUACCCUCUAUAAUCUCUCCUCCCGAGCCUCCAAUAUACUUAACCUCCUCUCAGCUGGUAUCACCAGUGGUCUUCAGUCCCUUCUUGCAGCGCCUGGAGAUCGUGCAUGGACAGAAAAAUCCAUAGCAGUGUUGAUAAAUUUAGCUUCAAAUGCAUCAGGAAAAGAUGAAAUGGUAACAACCCCUGGCCUUAUUGGCGGGCUAGCAACAAUACUGGACACAGGUGAGCCAAUUGAGCAAGAGCAAGCAGCUUCAUGCCUUUACAUAUUGUGCAACGGGAGUGAAAAGUGCAGUCAGUUGGUCCUACAGGAAGGGGUGAUACCUGCAUUAGUAUCUAUAUCAGUUAAUGGGACCAUAAGAGGGAAAGAAAAGGCACAGAAACUUCUGAUGCUGUUCCGGGAGCAACGGCAACGAGAUCAACCUCAACCACCUGCUGAGGUGCGGUUUCAACGGGCUGAAAGUAGCUCUAAAGCCAUGCCUGCUCAGGAAUCAAAGCCCCUAUGUAAAUCGGUUUCGAGAAGGAAGAUGGGAAAAGCUUUAAGCUUUUUCUGGAAGAGCAAGAGCUACUCCGUUUACCAGUGUUAAGCUCGGUCUUGUAAAUUUCUAUUGUAUCUUCUUCUCUUUCUUUUGUCCAGUCUCCGUGGGCAUUAUUUAAUUUUGUUCUUCAUAGAGAAAAGAAAAAAAAAGGAUGUACAGGCCCCUGUAAGCUAUGUUUUUUUUUUCUUUCUUUCUUCUUUUCUUUCGCUUUCCACUUCUUGUUAGGGAUACGGGUACCGUGAAGUGUCAUUGUAAUUGAUGCCUUAGUGACUAACCUUCAUGUUGAAACAACCUUGUCAUUA